AUGGUGGAAGUUGAUGGCAAAGCUAGUGCUACUAGUAAGGGUAAAGAUAAAGUUGGUUUUGAAGGUAAAGUAGGAGGGAAAGGAGACGAUGGUGGAAAAAGUGGUGGAACUAGCAGCACUAAUGUUGUUGGUGGAGGUGUUAGAAGUGGUAGUACUGAUGCAAGUGGAAGCAUUGUUGGUGUAGGAGGAGGGGGAAGGGGAGGAGGUGGUAGUGGUAGUGGUGGAAAGGGUGGAGAUGCAACUGCAAGUGGACAUGCUGGUAUGGCUGGUGGGGGCGGUUUUAAGUUUGGGUUCAGAGGUGGAAUGAGAGUAGGAUUUGGUGGAAGUGGUGGCGCUAGUGUUGGUGGAGGGGCAGGAGGCCAUGCCAAAGGUGUUGGUAGUGGUGCAACUAGUACAAGUGGUAGUAUUGGCGAAACAAAGAGUAGUGAUGCUAAAGCUAGUGACAACUUUAGUGGUUCUAGUGGGGUAAAAGGACAAGGUAGAGGAGAUGGUAGUGGUAAUAUAGACGCAAGUGGUAAAGAUGAAGCUAAAGCUAAAGCUAAAGAUGGAGGAAAUUUUGGAGGACAGGGAAAGGUCGAUGAAAAUAGUGGUGGAAGUGACAGCUCUAGUGAUUCUGGUGGGGUAAAACGACAAGGUGGAGGAGAUGGUAGGGGUAAUAUAAAUGCCAGUGGUAAAGAAAAAGGACAAGGUAGAGGAGAUGGUAGUGGUAAUAUAGAUGCAAGUGGUAGAGAAAAAGGACAAGAUGGAGGAGAUGGUAGUGGUAAUAUAGAUGCAAGUGGUAAAGAUGAAACUAAAGCUAAAGCUAAAGAUGGAGGAAAUUUUGGAGGACAGGGAAAGGUCGAUGAAAAUAGUGGUGGAAGUGACAGCUCUAGUGAUUCUGGUGGGGUAAAAGGACAAGGUGGAGGAGAUGGUAGUGGUAAUACAGAUGCAAGUGGUAAAGAAAAAGGACCUAGUGGAGGAGAUGGUAGUGAUAAUAAAAAUGCAAGUGGUAAAGAUGAAGCUAAAAAUAAAGGUGAAGUUGAAGGAAAAUUUGGAGGACAGGGAAAGGUCGAUGAAAAUAGUGGUGGAAAUGACAGAUCUAAUAAUUCCGUUGAGGUAAAAGGGCAAGGUGGAGGAGAUGGUAGUGGUGAUACAGAUACAAGUGGUAAACAAAAAGGACAAGGUGGAGGAGAUAGUAGUGGUAAUACAAAUACAAGUGGUAAAGAUGAAGCUAAAGAUAAAGCUAAAGUUGAAGGAAAAUUUGAAGGGCAGGGAAAGGUCGAUGGAAAUAGUGGUGGAAGUGAUAGUUCUAAUGAUUCUAGUGGGGUAAAAGGACAAGGUGGAGGAAAUGGUAGUGGUAAUACAGAUGCAAGUGAUAAAGAAAAAGGACAAGGUGGAGGAGAUGGUAGUGGUAAUACAAAUGCAAGUGGUAAAGAUGAAGCUAAAGGUAAAGCUGAAGUUAAAGGAAAUUUUGGAGGACAGGGAAAGGUCGAUGGAAAUAGUGGUGGAAGUGACAGCUCUAAUGAUUCUGGUGGGGUAAAAGGACAAGGUGGAGGAGAUGGUAGUGGUAAUACAAAUGCAAGUGGUAAAGAUGAAGUUAAAGGUAAAGCUGAAGCUGAAGGAAAUUUUGGAGGACAGGGAAAGGUCGAUGGAAAUAGUGGUGGAAGUGACAGCUCUAAUGAUUCCGGUGGGGUAAAAGGACAAGGUGGAGGAGAUGGUAGUGGUAAUACAAAUGCAAGUGGUAAAGAUGAAGCUAAAGCUAAAGCUGAAACUCAACCUCAAGCUAAAGCUAAAGAUGAAGUUAAAGCUGAAGAUGAAGCUCAAGCUAAAGUUAAAGAUGAAGCUAAAGCUGAAUCUGAAGCUAAAGCUAAAUCUAAAGAAGAAGCUAAAGCUGAAGCUGAAGCUAAAGCUGAGGCUAAAAGUGAAGCCAAAGCUGAAGCUAAAGCUAAAACUGAAGGAAAGGCUGAAGCUGAAGCUGAAGCUGAAGCAAAAGCUGAAGCAAAGGCCGAAGCAAACACCGAAGCAAAGGCUAAAGCAAAAGCUAAAAUAGGAGGACAAGGAAAAGUAGGUGGAAAUGGUGGUGGUGGUGAAGCUAAAGCUGAAGGAAAUGCUAAAGCUGAAGCUGAAGCCAAAGCUGAAGCCGAAGCAAAAGCCGAAGUUGAAGCCGAAGCAAAAGCCGAAGCUGAAACCGAAGCAAACAACGAAGCAAAAGCCAAAGCAAAGGCCGAAGGAAAAGCUGAAGCAAAGGCAGAAGCAAAAGCCGAAAUAGGAGGACAACGAAAAGUAGGUGGAAAUGGUGGUGGUGGUGGUGGUGGUAAUGUUGGUGGUGGUUUUAAAUUUGGUUUUGGAGGAAAAGUAGAAAGAGGAGGAGGGUUUAGUGGAGCCCACUAA